GCAACCGGGACGCAGGAAAAAGGGGAUCAGUCUACUGAACUCUGGAGGAUAUCGUAGCAGAGGGAACAAAAGCAGAGGCCAGGGUAGAGCCAGCUCGAGCGAUAAGGCACUGACAUGGCCGCCACGGCGUACUCUACGGCGCUUCUCGGCGGAGCGCGCCUCCCCGCUGUCGGCGCCGCCGUGCCGCCCACCGUCCUCCUCCCGCGGCGUAACCUGUCCCCUCUCCGUCUCCAAGAUGCGCCGAGGUUGUCGCUGCUUCGGGUGAAGGUCUCCUCCGACGACACCGCGACCUCGGCCGCGAGCGGCGACGAGCUCAUCGAGGACUUGAAAGCCAAGUGGGACGCCGUUGAGAACAAGACCACCGUCCUCACGUACGCCGGCGGCGCCAUCGUCGCGGUCUGGCUGUCGUCCGUUAUCGUCGGGGCCAUCAACUCCGUGCCUCUGCUUCCCAAGAUCAUGGAGCUCGUUGGGCUCGGGUACACCGGAUGGUUCGUCUACCGCUACCUUCUCUUCAAGGAAAGCAGGAAAGAGUUGGCCGACGACAUCGAGUCGAUCAAGAAAAAGAUUGCUGGGACAGAGUAAAAUGUUUCUCUUGAAAUUUUGAUGGAUGAUUCUUUUGAGAACACAUUACCUGUUGUCUAGAGUACUACUACUGUUGCCUUCGAAUUUUACAUACCCUGUGUGCCAAGAAGCUCUUAUUGUGUUCUUUCCUCUGAUGGAGAAUAACAAUGUACAUACUUUGUGCCCUCAGGGUAUCACCUUUUUCGUCGCUUCAUUUUGCAAUCAAAUGGAUGCGUCUAUGUGUGGCUUCGAUUUCA